GCUGGACAAGUAUUACCCGAGCGGACUCUCCGGCUUCGACAAGGACGGCGCUCCCGUGGUCGUGGUGCCGUUUGCGGGGAUCGACAUUUUUGGCCUGCUGCACGCGUGCAGCAAGCGCGAGUUCAUCCAGAUGACCCUCAAGCAGAUGGAGACCUACCAGCACCUCAGCCAGCAGCAGGCGCGCGAGCGCGGCAACGUCGCCGAGGGCCUCGUCGCCAUCAUCGACAUGGCAGACUUCAACCUGCGCCAGUGGGCGUGGCGCCCGGCCGGUGAGGUGGUCGUUAGCCUGCUGCAAACCUACGAGGCCAACUACCCCGAGAGCCUCAAGAACUGUUACAUCAUUAACGCGCCCCGGGUGUUCGCCAUCGCGUGGUCGGUCGUCAAGAACUUCCUCAACGACUACACGCAGAGCAAGAUCCACAUCCUCAGGGACCCGGCCAAGUGGCAGCCGCUCCUCCUCGAGAACAUCGAGCCCGGCCAGCUGCCCCGGCAUUUCGGCGGCACAGCCGAGGACCCGCUCGGCGACCCGCUCUGCUCCGCCAAGAUCAAGCAAGGCGGCAAGGUGCCCAAGGAGUACUUCAAGAAGCAAAACAUGUCGCGUCUUCAGGACCAGCCCUCCGAGGAGACUGUCGUUGUCAAAAUGGGCGGCAAGCUAAAGCUCGAGUACAUUGCGGCGCAGACGGGCACCCUCCUCAAGUGGGAGUUCCGCACGGAGGGCCACGACAUCAAGUUCUCGGUAACAAUGAAGGACAUUGACGGCAACUGCACCACCCUGGUACCCCUGAAGCGCGUCAACUCGCACCAGACAGAGGAGAUAGGGGUCAUCACCUGCCCAUCGCCCGGCACAUACACCCUACUGUUCGACAACACGUACAGCUACCUGCGCAGCAAACGGCUGCACUACUCUAUCGGCAUGGCACCCCCUUUGACGAGCAACGGCGACCCGGACGGCAUCCUAGACGAGAUCAUCGACGACGUCAAUGACAACCGGGUCGAGAAGGCCGGCUGACGGCUGGUCCUCCUCCUGCAGCUGUCACUACUGCUGCUGGCUGCCCGCGGCGCCUGGCUCCGGUGCCGCCGCCUUUGGCGUCUGGGGCCGGACCCAGCGGGACCCGCGACCUUCCCUCCAACAAACGCCACGAGUGUCGCUCUCAUUCAACCGACAGGGAGUCGAGUAGCACGAGGGUGGCGCGGAGGAGCUGUUCAAAAGUACGAGUCGAUCGGGUGCUUUUGCGGCCACGCCGGAGACUUGGGUUUGAAACCCUUCAAACAUGAGGUUCAUCUCAGCCUGGUCCUGUGCCGCUUAGACCUAGAGCUGAGGCCCCUGCGACUCCUGAGACGAGUGACUGUGUCCGCCCUCGGCCCCCGCCUCCGCGCAUGGCACGGCCUGCACGGCCUCUACACUCGAUAGAUAUCAAAGCAAAACUGUCUCAGAGGGUCUGCGCUGCCGUUUGCUUGGUCUAACAAGAUACAAUUAAAUUGACUUAACCGUGUCCAAAGAAAGAUGUGAUGAUUUUUUUAGACAGUCCCUAAUUUUUUUUAGAAAAGUACAUUUUACCAUCACAAUAAUUUAAAGGUUUCAAUCUACGUAGUGCUUGUUCUCUCUCCUGGUUCUUGGGGCUCCCAUAUAAAGCAAACUGUGUCACAUGUAAGAUGAUUCUUUUUAAGUAUAUGUAUUAUGGUUUAAAAUAAGAUACAUCACACAUGACUGGACUCAGAUUCGAUUGUAAUGUACAAAAUGUAUAAGAAAUUAGAUAUAAGUGAUUGUGAUACUUAAAAUAUAAUAUGCUUGUAUAAAAUUUGA